CCAUUCUUUGACCCGGCCCCUCUCGCGCGCGCAGGCAUCUCCCGAGCGCAGCCAGAGAGAAAAAUACGCACUCCUACCUUGCAACAACAGCGACGGGAAGAGAGCCUUCUCGAUUAGUAUUCCAGUAGGUAUCUCCAUCAACGACGCUCCUCGGGCACGCACGGUGUGUGUGUGGUGUGUUCCCGCGGCGCGCGCAAUGUUGCCCGGGUGCGGGCUGUUGGAUUGCCUCCGCCGCGGCGAGCGCGACACGCGUGACGCCGGCCAGACGGACCCCCGCGUCUCGGCCGAGCCCAGCGGCGGGUCGGCGUCCGGCAAGAGCGGGCGGGCGAGGCGGCUCGAGUGGGCCGAGGUCGAGUCGGUCACCGGCGGCUUCUCGUCCCGCGUGAUCGGCCAGGGCGGGUUCAGCACCGUGUACCUGGCGUCGCUCACCUCCUCCCGCCUCGGCGCCGUCAAGGUGCAGCGGAGCAGCGAGCGCCUCCACCGCGUCUUCCGCCAGGAGCUCGACGUGCUCAUGUCCGUGCGCCAUCCCCACAUCGUACGCCUCCUCGGCUACUGCGACGAACGAGAGGAAGGCGUCUUGGUGUUCGAGUACGCUCCCAACGGCGACCUGCACGAGAGGCUCCACCGGAGCGGCCAGAGGCGGGCGGCGCUGCCGUGGGCGCGGCGGAUGGCCGUCGCGUUCCAGGUGGCGAUGGCGCUGGAGUACCUCCACGAGAGCCAGGACCCUGCGGUCAUCCACGGCGACGUCAAGGCGUCCAACGUCCUGCUCGACGCCAACAUGGACGUCAAGCUCUGCGACUUCGGCUUCGCCCACGUCGGCUUCUCCGCCGCGGUGCUCCCCGCCGCGGCCAGGGCGUCGGCGCGCCACGUCAUGGGCUCCCCGGGGUACGUGGACCCGCACUUCCUCCGCUCCGGCGUGGCCACCAAGAAGAGCGACGUGUACAGCUUCGGGGUGCUGCUGCUGGAGCUCGUGACCGGGCGGGAGGCCAUCUGCGCAGACACGGGUUGCCGGCUCACGGUCACCGUGGCGCCCGUGGUCAGCGAGGGCAAAGUGGCCGACGUGGUGGACCGGAGGUUGGGGGACGCGUACGAUCGCGAGGAGGCCGUGACCGUGGCGGCGCUCGCGCUGCAGUGCAUCAACGCCAGCUCCGGGCUCCGGCCGUCCAUGACAGACGUGGUGCGCGUUCUCCAGGAGAAGACGUCGGCGUUGAUCUCCGCCGUUGGACCUAAGCCGGCCAGCAUGAUGGUGGUUUCGUAAAGGUGUACGUACGUAGGGUGUAAAUGCUUAGGUAGGGCGGAAAACUUUUCGUCACUUUUGUUAUUGUAAAGAGGAUCAGUUUAGUAGUUGAACUCCGGUACAAUUUUUGUGAUGUCAUGGAUGGGGUUGCAGGCAUGUAGUGGCUCAUUAAUCUAAUCCGCCUGUAGAUCUCACACAGUUGUUUUUGAGAUAAUAUACAUGGAGUACGCGCUUAAGCUAA